UUUCAAAAGUGUAUUAGAUUUAGCAGUUUUUAUUACCUAAUUAAGUGUUAAUGUGUGAAAUUUUGACGGCACUUCCUGAAAAACAAAGCCUAAUAUCGUAUCAAGGAUUUUAGCGACGGUAGCAGUAAGUAAAUUCACGUUUCUAGAAAUUGAUCCAUCAAUGCGUUAGGCCGGAUGAAACAUUCCAUUCCCAACGAAAAGUGGAAAAAGUGCAAUUAGUAGGACUUCGUUUUGACAACCAAACGUCCGAAUUUUACGGAACUGACUGUUUGCCACAACGCCGAUAUUCAGUUAUUGACAUCUCCCUUUAGUGUCAAAACGCAACAAAGUUUUUUCUUGUAAUAACGUUUGGUUUUGUAUAUGUUAUUGAACGAAGACCAGUGGGUGGCUUUUCGUUGAUUAAUUUUGUUCACAGUUGAGAACUCAGUGCGAACUUUUAGUUUUAGGAGCGUACUAAAUAUGAACUGCUAUGGAUCAAAAUAGACAAGAAGCGAAUCCUGCCCAAAACAGUCUGCAAGUACACAUGCACCUGAUGUGCUGCCCCUGUAACGGUGUGAUGUAUCCUUAUUACGCACCUGGAUAUCGGCCCCCAAUCUUAACUCAACCCCCACCUUUACCAAGACCUUCCUAUCUUCAUCAUUACCAGUACACUCAACUACAUGUGAAUCCUCCUUACAGUUUGUCUCUUCCACCACCCAUAACGCAAACUUUGCCUGCAAACAUUUGCCCAAUGCCAUCUGCAAUAGAGAUUGCCUUCGAGCCUCCUCCUCGUGAUCGAAGAAUCCUGGACAAACAAGAUAGCGAAGAUAAUCGCAAUGCUUUAACACCUUUCGUUUCCUUGGGCGAAAAUUCAUCAAUGGAUCAACUGAAGGGAAUUUUCAGAAACCUCACCGCUUCUCAAGUCGCUUCCUUGUCCACCGACAACUACAUAAGAUACCUAGACAACGGAUGCUUUAUUGGCGAGAGCAUCGCGAAGAGAAAUGAGCAACGCCCUUGCUUUAAAAACAUACAAAACCUGUGCAACAGAACUCGCAGCGAGGUCACGAAGCCUAACAUUACCGUUUCCAACAUUCACUCACAGGGACUACCGUGGGCGACCAAGGACUUUAUCUUUGCAUUCGUCCGUGCCAUCAACUGUUGGUGCAUCCUGCGAGGAUAUCUCGGUCCGAAAGACGGCAACUUGGGCAAAAUCGAUCGGGAAAUUACAGACGAAUUCAGGGAGUGCUACGCGAAUUGGGAAAAGUGCACGAAAAAGUUGACCUACCACCUCAUUCAGACAUUCCACAAUUUGGACGAAGCGAAUUCGUCAUCUAAUCUAAACGCGCAGUGUCCCAAACCCAAAUUCCCCUCCCCUCAAGAACCGCAACGGAGAAAAGAGGCACCAACACAAAAUAAGAUUCCGGGAAUUCUCCACAUACCGUCGACUUCCUCCGCCGACGUGGUUGACGAUCACCCUCAAUCGGAAAGCACAAUUUCGCCCAGAGAAGAGGAUUCCGACAGCGAAUGCCGAACUUACAUGAAACCGGGAAGCUACAACGUACCGAAGAGGGAGAGCUCCCCAAAUUUGCAGGUAGGCAGCGAUGCAGGCGAGGAGACGUUCAAUCCAAACGAUCAAAUUUGGCAGACAGCCCAAAGCGUUGCCCCGGAUUUUAUACGGUUAAAUCAAGUGAGCGCCUUCAAUGACUCGGUUAAGAAGAUAAGCAACAUGUCCGUUUUUCCACCGGUCGUGGAUAGCUGGUUGGGCAGCGAGGCCAGUCUGUUCGAAAUUAGCGAUGGGGAUGAUGAGAAGUUAUCACACUCUAAAGCGCAAUGGGACUCAUCAGAGACGGACUGCGAAGUGCUUUCUAAUCCUUACCGUGGAAGUCCCAUCGGAAAGGAGUACUCCACGUAUCGUCGGAGUGCGUGGGAGUACAGAAACGGAGGACUGACCACCGCCUCGUGGGGCGUCUUUGAAAAUAUACUAAAGGAACUCGACCGUCUUGACAUAUCAAAGGCCGAGUCAGAUUUGAGCAGCGCUCACUUGGACCUAUCUACAAUUUCGAAAAAGGUGGAGGCGAAAAUGUAUUACUACGUUAACGAGGUUAUACACGAUUUUAGACAGUUUAUUAGCUGCGCUUAUGACACUUUCUCGCGUGAUCGUUGCAUUCUAAUUCAAGUUGGACUGUUCAGGGAUGCGUUCGAAAAAAUGGUGAAACAAUCGUUUGUAGGUUUAGAUUUUAGUCACAUUACCGGAGAGGAUUCCGAUUCCGUUGGACCGCUCGUCUUUGUUGAAGGUGCUCGGAACGUACGAAAUCCAGAAGGUGAUGGUGACCAUUAAA